UCGGGAGCGGGCCUGGGGAGUGGUGGUAGUGGUUGGUCGGGGGGUGGGUCCGGAGGGCGCGCGGCCGGUGCAGAGUAUAGCCGGCGGUCAUAUCGGACUAUCGGUACAUUAGUGUUUGCCGCUGGAGUCGGCAGUCGCGCGUGCAAACUCGGCCGGCACGCACGAUGCUCGCGCACCCACACGCGCUAGCCGCCGCGCUCCUCUGCGUCCUCGCCGGUCAGAUCGGCGCCGGCGCCAGCCUGCACUGCGCCAUGCGCCGGGAGAUUUCGCCCUGUACCUGCCGCCGCGAAGACAGCGGCACCGGCGCCGUCGUCGUCGUUUGUCAGCGCAUCGCCACCUAUCAGGACAUCGCUCGCGCCCUCGCGAACAAGUUUAGCCCUGAGACCAAAAUCGGCCUCGACAUCUCCUACUCCCAGCUGCCAGACUUCGAGCAGCACAGCUUUCGUGAGCUCGGCCUUUCCAUCACCAGGCUCAAACUUAACUUCGACAAUUUGAGCGAACUGAAGGAGAGUGUGUUUACGAAACUAGACCUAGUGGAUUACUUCAGUUUGGCAGACAAUCUGCUGACCGAAAUGCCGCGGCAUGUCUUGCGGCAUCUGCCACAUGUGAAGACGUUCGACCUCUGUAGGAAUAAAAUCACAAAACUAUCCGAAGAAGAUUUUAAAGAUAUACAAGAAGUAGAGCAUCUUGUUGUAGCUGACAAUCAGAUAUCAAAGAUAGAGAGACAUGCGUUGCCUAAGGCGUUGAAACACGUUCACUUGGGUAUAAACAAACUUAGUACAUUGAAUGGAGCAUUAAGAGAAUUAGACGAUUUGGAAUGGAUUUUCAUUAACGCAAAUAAUUUGAAGUCUAUAGAUAAUGAACUACCCGUGAAAGCCAAGAAGUUGGUACUGAUUCAUGCGGCACACAACGAGCUUACAAGUUUACCGAAGGAAAUGAAGUUAAUGACGUCACUAGAAUCUUUAUAUUUCUACGAUAACAAUAUCAAAUCUCUCGACGGUGCCUUACAAAAGGCACGGAGAUUAAUAAGGAUAGGUCUGUCCUUUAAUAAAAUUGAAUUUUUAGCGGACGAUGAAUUUGCCGAAGCGGAGAUUUUAGCUGAUCUAGACAUUGCUUACAAUCAACUAAAAUCAUUAAAUGGUUCCUUACGACAUCUUAAGUCUUUACGUUACUUGAAUCUAACACACAAUAUGCUUACUGAAUUCUCUUUGCUUGAAAUUAAAGGACUGAAACGACUCUCAGUAAUCGAUUUGUCGCAUAAUAAAAUAAGCCAUAUUGUUGGAAAUAUGGAUAAUCUAGUGGAUGUUGAAACAAUGGUGUUAGAACUACGCCUAGACCACAAUCAUAUUUCAAAUCUAGAUGGAGCUUUAAUGGGUGUACACGGUCUAUUACGACUUAACUUAAGUAAUAAUCAAAUUAACCAGAUUUCAGCGGACGAUCUACUUGGUUUGGAAGAUUUAAAACUCUUAGAUGUAUCGCACAAUCAAAUAACAUCACUUGAAGAAACAUCAAAGACAUUUUUACCAUCAUUGGAGGAAUUGAUAGCACAUCACAACAAUAUAACUGGACUACAGAAAGAUUUCCACGGCCUACCUUCGCUUUGUAUAGCUGACUUGUCCUAUAAUAAAAUUCGUUCAAUAAACUAUGAACUGGUCUCGAAGUCACGAUGUACCAUAAAUGGUGUACCCAGCGUUCUGAAGAUUUAUCUUCAAGAUAACCCAGUAAUAUGCGACGAUCGGUACUACGAGUUGAUGACCGUGCUGGAGAGUCUGAACGCUCGCGUCAGUGGCGCCUCGAGCUGCGUCACUUCACAGACUGCGGCGCCGAUAUUAAUGAGGGCGCUCAACGAUAUAGUCCCAGAAACACCUGUCAUCCUGGUGACGCGUAUGGGCGCCGGCGUCAGAGUACUGCAAGACAGUAGAGAGAAUACGGCGCCACAGCUCGCGUAUAGACGCGUCGGUCCUCUUAUCGGGCAAGUUCUACCCGAGCGCGAGGGAGGAUAUCCCGUCCUCGUGGAGCCACCGGUAACCCUGCCCCCUUCCGCUACCGAUGUUGUCAAGUGGCCGGACCAAAGUGCUUUACUCGAGAACCACCCCCACCCACUAGCAGACCAUCUCCGCCUCCGCGAUUUGAACGCUUCAUCGCACUGAACACCACAUCUCCAAGGCAUCAGCGUCCAAACGGUGCCCCCCUACGGAGUGCUUAGGAAAUAUACUGCCACACCUCAAACCGGCAGAAUGCCACAAUUCAUCGAAUUAAAUAUUCAACAGUUACCACUCUCGGUGUAAAUAAAGUACAUAAUUAUAAAUAUCGACUCGGACAAAAAUGUAUACAAAUAAAUUCAGUAAAAUGCUUUUUCAUAUUCGUGUGAUUGUGUAUCUGAAGUUUCAUUAAUUUAAUUAAUAAUUUAUUACUUUUCGUUCUAUUGGAUUUUAAAGAUAUGGCUUACUAAACGUUUGUGAAUUAAAAAAAAUAUUUAGCUUAAAUAUAACUCCGCACUCUUC